CUCAAUCGUCACCUUUCUUCAAUUAUGCUCCGUAACAAAGGACUGGAGAAAACAAAAUAUCCAGAUUUGAGGAAGAAUACUGUUGGCCAGUACAAGAGCCACAAUGCUUUCACUCUUCCAGGACUCUAUCAGGUGGUUCAUGGCAUUGAUGUUUUAAUCUGAAAUUCAAUAUUGUUCCUCCUGGGGAAGAAAUGUGCGUAUCUUUCCCAUUUUCUAAGAAGCAAAAAGGACGUACAAGGUACAACUUUACAUGGUUCGAUAAAAGAAUUCCGUACAA